AUUGCCAGCCCACAGAUAACCGACGAAAAGCGAAUCACACCCUCGAAUAUUCAACCCCUCUUUCUCUCUCAACCGGGAAAUCAAAUUAUAUACCACGCUUCAAAGAUUCGUUUUCUACGCGACGCCCCGACUUUGAUUCUUUCCUCCCCCCUCUCUUUCUUUCCUUCCUUCCUUCCCUCUUCUCCCUUCUCAUCAUCCUUUCAUUUUCUCCAAACACCAAGCCUUAAUCUCACCACUUUAUCUCUCUAAAAAAACUUUUUCUUUUUUGUUUUGUUUGGGCAUUGUUUGGUUUGUUUUUGUUUUUUAAGUUUAUUCCGUUUUCUGAUUCUAUUUAGAUCCCAUAUUCUCACCUCAUAUUCUCCCCUUCUUUCUCUCUCGUUGGUUCGGAUCUAUCUAUGCUUAGACCUUCAAAACCCACUUCUUCAUAUAAUCUGCUUCAUCAUCGGCAGCUAUAUAUAUAUAUCACCACCAUCAUCAUCAGCAGUAAUAACAAGAGAGUUAUUAAGGAGAAAGAUGGAUUUUGCAGAGAAGAUGCAGAGGUGCCAUGAAUAUGUAGAGGCAUUAGAGGAAGAAAAACGUAAGAUUCAGGUCUUUCAACGCGAGCUUCCUUUGUGUUUAGAGCUUGUCACGCAAGCGAUCGAGGCAUGUAGGAGGGAGUUAUCUGGUACGACGACGGAGUACAUGCAUGGGCAAUCGGAGUGCUCGGAGCAGACGUUGAGUGAAGGAACUAGACCGGUGCUUGAAGAAUUUAUUCCUAUCAAGAGGACUCACUCUUCUUCUGAUAAUGAUAAUGAUGAUGAUGAUGAAAAUGAUAACGAUGAUCAAGAACAACAUUCACACAAGCGAAAUAAAACUGUGGUCAACAAUAGCGGCAGCAGCAACAACAAGGACAAGAACAGCAGUGAUCAUAGGAAGAAAUCUGAUUGGCUUAGAUCUGUCCAGUUGUGGAAUCAAUCUCCAGAUCCAUCUCCCGAAGAGGAUGUACCCAGAAAGGCAGUGGUGACGGAGUUGAAGAGAAAUGGUGGUGCAUUUCAGCCAUUUCAAAAAGAGAAGACCACAGGGAAGAGUAUCCAGACUAUAGCCAAAACCCCAUCUUCAGUGCCGGCUUCCGCAACCAGUUCGACGGCCGAUACAGGAACUGGAGCAGGGAUUGUUGGUGGAAGUGAAAGAAAAGAAGAGAAAAACGGGCAAAACGAAAGAAAGCAGAGGCGCUGUUGGUCACCGGAGCUGCAUAGACGCUUCUUGCAUGCCCUUCAACAGCUUGGCGGCUCACAUGCUGCAACGCCAAAGCAGAUUAGAGAGAUAAUGAAGGUGGAUGGACUAACUAAUGAUGAAGUAAAGAGCCAUUUACAGAAAUACCGUUUGCAUACGAGAAGACCAAGCCCAGCAAUCCACAACAACAGCAAUCCACAAGCAGCACCUCAGUUUGUAGUUGUCGGAGGCAUAUGGGUGCCGCCGCCUGAAUAUGCAGCAGUAGCGACAACAACAGCAUCAGGGGAAACAUCCACCUUAGCUGCUGCGGCGGCCAACGGAAUCUAUGCUCCGGUGGCUGCACCACCUCCCACGUCCCAUCAAAUGCUACAAAAGCAGGAACAUACACAAUCUGAGCAGAUGCAAUCAGAAGAAAGAGGCAGUCACAGUGAAGACGGUGUUCGAUCUAAUUCCCCUGCUACAUCAUCUUCCACGCAUACCACCACAAAUUCCCCUUUGUUUUGAUUGUCGCGACAAGAGAUCAGGAUGUAAAAUUUUGUAAACAAAUAAUAGAAAAAGGCCAAUUAUAUGACUUGGACAUCAUUCAAAUGCGAGUCUUUUUUGCUUAAGGCAAAAUUUCAAUUAAGUAGAUUUUGAGUUA